CCAAUCUACCCCGCCUUAUCCCCCGCCGAGCCAUGUCGACGACCGCACCCCGUGCGGACCCUUUUAAGCCGGCGAAGCGUGUCGCCGGCCAGCGACAGGAUGUCUGGUCCAUCGUCAACGAGGCCGCCGCGGCCUCGCCUGUCCAGCCGAUCGUGAACAUGGGGCAGGGUUUCUUUGGUUACAACCCUCCCAAGUUCGCCCUGGACGCCGCCAAAGACGCCCUCGACCGCGUCGACUGCAACCAAUACUCCCCCACCAAGGGUCGCCCUCGUCUGAAGAAAGCCAUCGCGGAUGCCUACUCCCCGCACUUUGGUCGCACGAUCAACCCGGAUACUGAAGUGUCCAUCACGACGGGCGCCAACGAAGGUAUGCUCAGUGCCUUUAUGGGUUUUAUUGAGCAGGGCGACGAGGUCAUUAUCUUUGAGCCUUUCUUUGAUCAGUAUAUCAGCAACAUCGAGAUGCCCGGGGGUACCAUCCGCUAUGUUCCGCUGCACCCUCCCAAGGACGGGGCCACGCGGACGUCGCCGGCCUCGGAGUGGACGAUCGACUUUGACGAGCUGGAGCGGACCAUCAACCCCAAGACCAAGAUGAUGGUGUUGAAUUCUCCACACAACCCCGUGGGCAAGGUGUUCUCCCGCGAGGAACUCCAGCGCAUCGGCGACCUGUGCAUCAAGCACAACCUUAUCAUUCUCUCGGACGAGGUCUACGACCGACUGUUCUACGUGCCGUUCACGCGCAUCGGCACGCUCUCGCCGGAGCUGUACGAGCGCACACUGACCGUCGGAUCCGCCGGUAAAGCCUUCUACGCAACCGGCUGGCGAGUAGGCUACCUGAUCGGGCCCGAGCACCUGGUCAAGUACGUAGCAGGAGCGCACACACGCAUCUGCUACAGCAGUGUGUCACCGCUGCAGGAGGCAGCAGCAGUAGCCUUCGAGCAAGCCGACGCGCACGGGUUCUGGGACGAGAGCCGCAACGAGAUGCUGGGCAAGGUGCAGCGAUUCUGCCAGGUCUUCGACGAGCUGAACAUCCCCUACUCGGAGCCCGAGGGCGGCUACUUCGUGCUGGCGAACUUCGCGUCCGUGCGCCUGCCGGAGGACUACCCCUUCCCGCCGCAUGUCGCCAGCCGGCCGCGCGACUUCCAGCUCUGCUGGUUCUUGAUCCACGAGGUGGGCGUCGCGGCUAUCCCGCCGACGGAGUUCUACACGGAUGCCAAUGCGCAUAUCGCGGAGGAUUAUUUGCGGUUUGCGGUUUGCAAGAAUGAUGAUGUGUUGGAGACGGCUAAGGAGAGGCUGCGGGGGUUGAAGAAGUAUAUUCAGUAGAGCAGUAUCUUCGGUAGAAGAGGUAAACGCAGUAGAUUUUUUUUUUCUAUUUAUCUCUUUAUGUCCACGAAAGUCCAUAUCAGUGUCACCAUUAUUGUUAGAAAGAAAGAAGAAAGUCGAAAG